GUCCCAAGUCCCUCAGGAGAGAACCCCGAGAACUUGAAGUAUGGUGGCACUAUUGCAUACCGAAGUGAGGUUGCAAAUGCCACCUUGAACGUCGAGCCUCUUGUCAUGAGGCGAAUCUGGGACAAGGGGCAGGCAGGGUAACGUCAAUGACUUCUGCGCCAAGUCUGCAGCACAGCCGGGCCGUAUCGCAAAUUCGGGAUCAACGUUCUCGCAGACGUAUAGUGACGGAACGCCGGAUCGUGUUGUGCUCACGACCGAAUGGCCAGCAGGUCCGCGUAACUACCAGAUUUUUCAGGAUGAAUGUAGGUACUACAUGGGUGUGCUCAAUUAAGUCCGCGUUUUAUCUGGUACCUCACCACUCAGAAACUGAUCUUCGUUUCCUAAACAGCGACGGAUGCAGUCUCCCAGGUGAUAACAACGUGAUGAACUGGAAACAUGGCGGUAGUAUGUCCGACAACAACGGCGUUAAAUACACCAUCAUACCGACGCAAAAUCGUCCUCCACCGCCUAUCAGCCCCCAAGGAGAGUGCUACGCGGUCCCCCACUGGUGGGGUUAUCGUUGGCAUUUUUAUGGAGGCGGAUUCGCCGACAGUGAUUACGGGUAGUCUAGUGAGGGCCUUUUAAAGCAUAUUAGGGGCUACGGUGCUGUGACGGCUUGGACGUUCGACUAUUACGAUACUCCGCAGACUGGUAGGGUCGAGUGGCAUGCUAGUGGAACACUGCCGCUCUUAAUAUCCAGCCAUUGUUUAGUGAAGGCGGUUAAAAGUGCCGGAGGUUAUCAGUCGAAGUGUUAACUAAUCUGGGGAGA